AUGACUUUUCAUCGUGCCGAGAAACAACGAUUCAAACCAUUUUCAAUCUUCAAUAAAAAAGCUAUCGCUCCCGCCGACGUUACCAUGCCGCAAAAAAUUUCAUAUCUUUCGUUAUUACAAGGAACACGAUUUUUUCCAACUACAAAACCGAUCAUAGUCGCCAAAGAUUCAGCAGCAAAAGUGAAUGUAAAAGUGAAUGAAUCAAAUGAAUCACCUCGUCAACAUCAAAAGAAACAGUUUCCCACCAAAGUCUUUCAGAAAGCCUUGAAAAAAAUUACCAAAGUUUUUAAGCCGACAAAAUUAGAGACCGAAUCUAAUACAAUUCCUCCUUGUUCUUGUCAAGUAAAGACUCGUGUCAAUACAGAAGUGAAACCGAAUCAUAGAAGGUUUGGAAUUUAUGUUUCACCAGAAUGCGGCAACAAAUUUGUACCUACCAGAUUCGAACUCUCCAAAAAUAGACAAAGAGCAUGCAUGGACGAUAAUGAGAAUCCAUAUUUACCGACCCCUAAGCCUCUACCUGGUACCAUUCAUAAAUUUCCAAUCUCGGAAUUAAAAUUACUAAAGUUCCAGAUUAAUUACUAUUGGGAAUCACUAUCCGUGUCACACAAUAUGGUAGUUCCAGAUGGAAUAACAUUCAUGAGUUUCUUGAGAUAUUGUCAACAAGAAGUCGAAAUUAAGAUUCCUAAUGAUUGUAUCAUAUUGGCACAUACAAAGAAUUUUGAAGACAAAGAUAGAAAUUCUGUAGUCAUCGAAAAAGAAGGUACUGAAGAAAAAAUCGAUUAUAAAAGGAAAGCGAUAGAAUUGAAGAAUUUAUUUGAAAGGGAUUCCUUGAAAAUUAUAGACAGUGAAGAUAUGUGGAAAAUAACAAUGAAAGAAUGGAAUAAUCGGCAAGAUAAUAAACAAGAUAAUGUUAUUGAAGUUACAUUAUUUUCGGCGGAAAUGUUAUAA